AUGUCUUUGAUGCUCCCCCUCCCAGCGCCAAUGUCCCAUUCGUCUCCCCCACUCCAUCCGCGAUCCAGUCCACAUACCCCUACCCGCUCAUCGCCGACCUCGCCCCGGCUGUCCCGCCCCUCGACCCCGCCGUCCCUCAAGGACUUCCAAGGGAAUGUGCUCUCUACAGGCCAGCCCAUCUCCGCACCGACCACACCAGUCACACCUACCCAUUUCUUCCACUUGGAGCCCGGGACAAGCCAUAUGGAGAGAUGCCGCUCCUCGGAAGCAGGGCUAGGCAGCCAGAAAGUCACGACAGCACCGGUCGGAGAUGGGCGGGAUGGACGCAGGCGGGACGUCAAGGCAACAAGCUUGCUCUUCAAGACAGUGCCGUCUAAAGAGCAAAUACAGGAUCUGGAGAACGGCGAGACGUACCAUCUGGGAGCGCCAGUACCGAUUGCUCGGGUGGAGAGCCGUAGUCUGCCCGAGGUAGAUCCGGUGGAGGAUGACAAGAUGGACAUUGACCUGGAUGAUCAGCCGGAUCUGCUGAGCGAGGAAGCAGUAGCAGAGAAGAUGGCGGCGAUGCAGGAGGAGGCACCGCAGGUCUGGGGUAUGCCAAAGUGGGGCUGUGAGGAGGACCGGAACGAAGUCCGGAAGGGUGUCAGGCUGUUGGGGAUGGAGGAGCUACCCGCCCUGGUUGGACAGCAUAACAUGAUGGACGUCCCCAGUCAGAUCCUCUUCCCUUGGCUGCACGGGAUCUCGGAUGACGGGCAGAAAGGCCAAGAUAUGGCAGCCUUCUUCGGUCGAUCACCUCCUUUCGCUCCACCGCCCUAUCGAGGCCUCUGCCUUCUUCUCGCCCCGGCUCACCCGCUCGACUCGCGCCCCACCUUCCCUCGACCCAGCGCCAUGCGGCUGCCUAGCCAGCGGUAUCACUCCUCUUCCACCGAUAACGAGCAUGACUAUCGGGAACCGCGCGAGCGGUCCGAGACCAUGUCUACGUCUUCGGAAUCAUACGGCUCAUCCAACGAAACAGACAUGACCUCCCCCUCCAUCUCCGAAUUUCAACCCAAGACGCCCGACUCGCCAGUCCGGCUUCCACCCGCCAUGGAGCCAGAGAUUGUCAUCUCGGAAGACGACGUCCAGAUGCACCCUUGCGAGUCGAAGCGGGUCUCGGGCGUCGCCAAGUCGCAAGGGCUGGACCAAGAGAAUCAUCCUCUUCCCUGUCCUCCCUCGCUCGGUCAUAGCGAGGAGGAGUCGUCGAGCUCUUCCGCCUCGGCCAGUGCGGAGGAAUUGGGACCAUCAUGCCUCUUCGCCAACGCCCUGCAUGCCCAGGACAUCUUCAACUUCCCGGCCUUCUCGACCGAGGCGUACAAGGGCGAAGCUACCUUCCGCCGUCCACGCCUUCCUCACCAUAUCAAUCUCCGCAAUCUCAAUAUCCAGCAAAUCAAGUACGCAACCAUCUCGGACAUCAUCCUCUACGCCAAAGGCGGCGCUGGAGCUGGCGUCAUUCAGAUCGCCGAGAUGAUCGCGGAGGCUCAGGAGGAGAUGUACCAAUCUCGCAUGAAGGAGUACUACGAGCACCAGCGGGAGGCGGGACGAGGGGAAGGAGCGAGCGAGCCGGUGCGGUACGGCGUCUGGGUCCUGCUGGAACCGUUUGAGCAGGUCGAGAAGUUUGCACCGCACCUGGUCAAUCUCGAUUCGUGCGGCAACACGACGGCGCAUUCCGUCCUCACCGACCUGUUUGAGCGGGAAGGGCUCGAGUCGCGAGCGAUGACCAAGGCGUGCGAAGUGGUUGAGGGGUUCUGGGUGGGGAAUCACUCGGAUGUCCCUGGCCCAGAAGACGGGGAUGGCGGGUCGUCGAUCAACUUUGAUCUUUGCCUCCGAGCAUCGGAACUCCUCGACAUGCCAAGCUCGUCUAUGCUGACAAGCGCAUACCGUCAGCUCGCGGACCUCGAUAAGCGGAGGAAAGCGGAAGGCAGCUUUACCCAGUCGUCUUGGGUCGCCAGCCCCGCCACCAUUGCUCUUCGUAAUCUCCUCUCGCCGAGCGGCGCCGCCACUCCCGUCUCUGAUACCGGGUCUAAACGCGCCAGCUCCCCGGCAGACGACACCACGCCAACCAAGAACCCUCGGAAAUCCCGCGCGGCGGUCCCCGUCGAACCGGUCCACCUUGACUGUGCCGGCUCAUGUCGCACAAUCACAGGCCAACUGCGGAACCUGGGCACCAUGACCGACCGGGUCGUCGAGCUCGUCUACUUUCUCCGCAAAAUUGUGGAAGGGCGGGACAAGUCGCGCGUCAAGCGCAGAGUACUCGUGCACUGCCAAGAUGGUUACACCGAGUCUAGCAUCAUCGUCCUCGCGUACAUCAUGUCGAGCCUCAGCAUCUCGUUGCCAGAGGCAUACCUCCACCUUCAGCUCAAUGCCAAACGGAGCUUCUUCCUCUAUCCCUCGGACAAACCUCUUCUCCGGCGGGUCGACGCGCGAUUGACCGCCGACCGUAAAGCCCAGGCGCUCAAGCUCGUCAGCUCCCCAUCUCCUUCGUCUAGCUCGACAUCCCUUGCCUCGGCUCCUUCCCCGACAACUUCUUCACCCAUUUCCAGCCGGUGGAAGGCAUGGGGAUUUGGCGUCAAGGACUCUGUCUCCACCUCGACGACCACUACUGCAACAGCGGUGGCCGUCUCGUCAGCCAGCUCAGACCACCAGCAGACGGUGGAUGUGGCACGGCAGAUGCUGCUCACCGAGGAGAAGGGAGGUUCGAAGGAGAGUCAAGAUGCGAAAGUCUGGUUUGAGGAUAAACGGUUUGAUGGCUUCCCCAGCCGAAUCAUGGACUUCUUGUACCUUGGGAACCUGCAACUUACAAUCAGUGAACACGCCGGUAAUGCAGCGAUGCUCCACGCUAUCGGUAUCACCCACGUCGUAUCCGUUGGCGAAUCCCUUAUCACCUGCCCGACAGACUUUGAUCCCAUGUACGGCCAGAUCGGGUCGAAUACGCUUUCUGCAGAGCAUGCCGCGGGUCGUAUCAAGGUGCUUGAUCUCACGGAUAUCCGGGAUGAUGGGAACGACCCGCUCAGGCCGCUCAUUGCGAGGGCUUGCACGUGGAUUGAGGAGGCUCGGCAGAGUGGCGGGACGGUAUUGGUCCAUUGUCGCGUGGGAGUUAGCCGGAGCGCCAGUAUCGUCAUGGCGUACAUGAUGCAGCAUCGCAAGAUGGGGCUCAUGGACGCUUACCUCCUUACCAGGGCUCGGCGCCUGAAUGUCUUGAUCCAGCCCAACCUCCGAUUCUUCCACGAGCUCUUCGGCUGGGAAGUCGAGCUCGCCAAAGCCGAAGAGAAGAUCUGUCAGAUGAAGAAGGACGAGCUGGAGCGGAAUGGGUUGAAGGAUGAAGGGGAGCUCGAGGCACUCAGAAAAGCGGAGGAGGGGAGGAGGAGGAUAUACUACUCGUGGCCGAGUUUCUGUCGGGAUCUGCACUGCUUGAACCGAAGAUUCUUGUGCAAUUGA